AUGAUUAAAGAAGAAGAAAUAGAAAAUAUGAAUAUAUUAGUGUUGGCGAUAAAAACAACUGGAGAAGGAAUGGAAAUUGCAAGAAAAUAUAUUGAAUUGAAUCAAAGUGAAAUGGAAUUUGAAAGUUCAAAAAUAAUGCUUUGUAAUUUAUUGAAAAGAAUGGAUAAGUCUGAUGAAUCUUUGAAAUUUCUUAAACAAUUUCUUAAGAAUCGUGGUAAUGAAAAUAUCGCUCAUAUUUAUCAUCGUAUUGGACUGAUUUUAAGAGAUAAGAAAGAGUAUGAAGCUGCAUUAGAAUAUUUUGAAAAAGCAUUCAAUUUAUGUUUUUAUUCUGAUUCAUCACAACAGAAAUAUGCUGCUUUUGUACUUCAUAAUCAAGGUACAGUUUAUGCUAAAAUAAAACAAUUAAACAAGGCAUGGAGUUUACAAUGGCGUGGACUACAAAUUCUAGAUAGUAUCGGAUAUGUUGAUAGCCAUUGGCGUGCAUUAUUUUAUAGAAGUAUUGGAAGAAUUUGUCUUUAUCGAAACAAAUUCGACAAAGCUAUGAAAUUUUGUAUGAAGGCGUUAUGUAUAAGAAAUUUUUUUUAA